AUGCCUGUCUUAUCCUUUUUUUUUAACUGUCUUUUGCAGCUCUCUCUCUCCUCUGCUGCUCCAAUUUCCCUGCGUCCCCGGGACCAGGAAGAGUCCGUGUCGGCUGAAAUUUUCCGGCUCGUGAAGGAGGGGAUCGGUAUAGCCAAACGAAUGGCCAUGACCGUUUUGUGGGUAGAGUUCUGCUUCUUUCUCGUUUUUGGGACGCGGUGA